AAAUAUUAUACUCAGAUUCAUUUUCAGACAGUGUUCCUUACUUUAUUUGAUAACAGGAUAUCAGACAGAGGAAGCAGCUUGGCUUGAGUUUUGAGGAUUUCCUCUGUCACAAGUGCAAAGUAAGAUGUGAUGGAAAAUUUUAGGUCAGUUAAUCAUUAAACUGAGCAGCUUUCUGACUGACCAGACAGACAGAGAGAGACUGGAAGGAGCAAAGUGAUAGCGGCAGGUCUCCCGCAGCUGAAUACAUUUUCUCCAUCAGGAUCAAAUUCAGAAUGAAUAUCCACCAUGUUCUGCUGUUCUGCUUCUUAUCAGCUCUGUGUGGUGGAUUCUCUGGACUCGUCAGUGCAAAACCCCCCAUUUUCACAGGACCUGAAGGAGGACAUGGUACAAUAUCUUGCCACUUAAAUGUGUCUGGAAGCAGGAAGUUUUUCUGUAGGGAAGAAUGUAAAGAAGAAGACAUUCUCAUUAGAACAGAUAAGUUCAGUGCUAAGAGUGGCAGAUACAGCAUUAGAUACAAAAACAAAGGAUCAUCUGGAGGAAGUAUUCUGUCUGUGACCAUCACAAAUCUGACCCAGUCUGACUCAGGACAGUACAGGUGUGGUUUGGGCACAUCAGCAGUUCCAGAUUUGUUCGAGGACUUUGAGGUCAGAAUUUCAGAUGCACUGGUGGAUAGAAACUCUGGUUUUUUCCUCACUAAUGUUGAAGGAGACAAAGUUCAAUUUUCGUGCAGGGAUGCUGUAAAUAGUAGCAGAAUGUUCCUCUGUAGGGGUGAAUGUAAAAAACAAGAGGACAUUCUCAUUGAAACUGAUAAGAACAAAGAUCAGAGUGGCAGAUACACCAUUGAGUAUAAAGAAGGAUCUGCAUUUGGACAGUAUGUCACAAUCACACAGGUGGUCAAGUCGGAUUCAGGACGAUACAGGUGUGGUUAUGGCAGAGCUUUGUCUCCAGAUUCGUACCACAUGUUCCUGCUCCUUGUUGACACCUCCACACCAACAACAACACAUAGUUUAAGCUCCAGUUCAGGAAACUCCAAACCUUCACCAGUUUUCCUUGAACCUACAAACCAGCCUACAGCUGCAGCUCCAACCACUUCAAAACCAAUCAGGACUCUCCAACCUUUUUCAACCUCAGUCCCAUCAGCCUCCACACCAACAACAACCCCCACACCAACAACAGCACAGAGUUUAAGCUCCAGUUCAGGAAGGUCCACAACUUCACCAGUUUUCCCUGAAACCUCCAACCAGCCUUCAGCUGCAGCCACAACCACUUCAAAACCAAUCAGGACUCUCCAACCUUUUUCAACCUCAGUCCUAUCAGCCUCCACACCAACAACAAUACAGAGUUUAAGCUCCAGUUCAGGAACGUCCACACCUUCACCAGUUUUCCCUGAAACCACCAACCAGCCUACAGCUGCAGCUCCAACAACUUCAAAACCAAUCAGGACUCUCCAACCCUUCUCAACUUCUGUCCCAUCAGCCUCCACACCAACAACAACACAGAGUUUAAGCUCCAGUUCAGGAAGGUCCACACCUUCACCAGUUUUCCCUGAAACCUCCAACCAGCCUUCAGCUGCAGCUCCAACAACUUCAAAACCAAUCAGGACUCUCCAACCCUUCUCAACUUCUGUCCCAUCAGCCUCCACACCAACAACAACACAGAGUUUAAGCUCCAGUUCAGGAAGGUCCACACCUUCACCAGUUUUCCCUGAAACCUUCAACCAGCCUUCAGCUGCAGCCACAACCACUUCAAAACCAAUCAGGACUCUCCAACCUUUUUCAACCUCAGUCCUAUCAGCCUCCACACCAACAACAAUACAGAGUUUAAGCUCCAGUUCAGGAACGUCCACACCUUCACCAGUUUUCCCUGAAACCACCAACCAGCCUACAGCUGCAGCUCCAACAACUUCAAAACCAAUCAGGACUCUCCAACCCUUCUCAACUUCUGUCCCAUCAGCCUCCACACCAACAACAACACAGAGUUUAAGCUCCAGUUCAGGAAGGUCCACACCUUCACCAGUUUUCCCUGAAACCUCCAACCAGCCUUCAGCUGCAGCUCCAACAACUUCAAAACCAAUCAGGACUCUCCAACCCUUCUCAACUUCUGUCCCAUCAGCCUCCACACCAACAACAACACAGAGUUUAAGCUCCAGUUCAGGAAGGUCCACACCUUCACCAGUUUUCCCUGAAACCUUCAACCAGCCUUCAGCUGCAGCUCCAACCACUUCAAAACCAAUCAGGACUCUCCAACCCUUCUCAACUUCUGUCCCAUCAGCCUCCACACCAACAACAACACAGAGUUUAAGCUCCAGUUCAGGAAGGUCCACACCUUCACCAGUUUUCCCUGAAACCUCCAACCAGCCUUCAGUUGCAGCUUUCUCAGAUGCCCCUCACCCUACUUCUUCAUAUGUCCCUUCCUAUUUAUUGCCUCUGGUUGUAUGUGUGCUUUUACUUGGUUUGUUACUGUUGGUUGGUUUUCUGCUGCUCCUCUACAUACAGAAGACAAGGAAGAACAAAGAGCCGAAACACUGAGGUGAAUCUCUUUAAUUCUGUAUGUCUCUGUCAUGACAACUUCUGCCAACACGGUAUAAAAUGGCAGGAAAAGAAUUUUAAAGUUUCACUGUAGAUUGAAUAGAAAAUCUGUGAUUUAUCAAACUUUUUGAUGUUAGAUAGAAGUAGACAAAGAGCCGUCACAUUUAUAGCAACGUAGCACCUGUUGCUUUGGUAUCAUUUACUUUAGCUGGCUAAUUAAUAUCAAUCCUAUGAGUUGGUUGGUUGAAAGCUUUGUACUAUGCAGAUGUUAAUUGCCUUAAUUGGAACAAAUCUAAAUAAAGUGAGAUACAAACAUC